UAUAAGCGAGAUUUCCGCAGGAUGCACGCGCCUCUCAUUGUCGCCGAUACAGGCGCGUGACUGGUCACGUGGUCUGAGAAGGAAGGUAGAUUAUGGCUUCAGUCUACGGCGGUGUGGAGGGAGGUGGGACUGCGUCCAAAGCAGUGCUGGUUUCUGAGGAAGGAGAGAUCAUCGCAGAAACAGAUGGGCCAUGUACCAAUCAUUGGCUAAUAGGUGUCGACAAAUGUUUGGAGGCAAUCAACAACAUGAUGCAAAAAGCCAAGACAGAGGCGGGACUGGAUGUAGACACACCCCUUCGCUCCCUGGGUAUGUCUCUGAGUGGGGGGGAGCAGCCAGAGGCCAUCGAGAAGCUCAUCAAGGAGAUGGAGAGGAGGUUUCCUAAACUGAGCCUCAACUACCACAUCUCCAACGACACCAUUGGCGCCAUGGCAACUGCCAGAGAGCAAGGGGGUGUGGUCAUUAUCUCGGGGACUGGAUCCAACUGCAGGCUGGUGAACGCUGACGGGUCACAGGUGGGCUGUGGAGGCUGGGGUCACCUGAUGGGUGACGAGGGCUCAGCCUACUGGAUCUCUCACCUUGCUGUGAAGAUAGUAUUUGACGCAAUGGAUAAUUUUGCGACUCCGCCUCAUGACAUCACUAACGUCAAAAACGCCAUGCAAGAGUACUUCCAGGUGACCAACAGAAUGGGCAUGCUUCCUCACUUCUACAGAACCUUUGAGAAGUCCCAUUUCGCUGGGUUUUGCAGAAAGCUGUCUGAAGUGGCCACAGCUGGAGAUGCUCUGUGUCAGUAUGUGUUCGCUCAAGCUGGGAAAGCUUUGGCUCAACAUAUAGUGGCUGUCCUGCCCAAAGCUGACCAGUGUCUCUUCUCAGGAGAGCUUGGCUUGCCCAUUCUGUGUGUAGGAUCUGUUUGGAAGAGCUGGGAGCUGCUUAAACCAGGCUUCAUGGAGGUGCUGGAGAGGGCCGCUGGGGGCCACUUCACUGGGUACAGCCUGCUAACGCUGCACCAGUCUUCGGCUCUAGGGGGCGCCAGCCUGGGUGCCCGCAGCAUUGGGGUCACAUUGCCUCUUGAUUACUCUGCCAAUGCAGACGUGUUCUACACGCACUCUUUUGGCAACAAGUGAAUACGUAGCCCUGUAAGUCGCUUCUCUUUUUUUAAAAAAAUGUGCUUUAUGAAGAGAAACACAAACCAGCAAUCAAGCUUGUACUGUACAACCAUCUUUUACUCAGGAUGGAAGGGAUGGGGAAUUUUGGAAUAAGCCAAUCUAGUUUGAACUUGAUAUAAAAUCACUGUAAAUCAGCAUUUAAUAUCAACUGUUAUGAAACCUUUUUGCUUUUUUGAUACCAAGGGUUUUUAAAAAAUUUGUCUUGUAUUUUUUAGUGAUUAUAUCUGCUUACUCUGAAAAAUGCUGAAAUUAUAAUAAAAGGGAAUUUUUUAUAUUGCUUAUUAAUAAAAUCAAAGAUGACAAAA